AUGUACGUCUUGGCUCGGCCGCGAUGUAUGGAAGAUGGCGACGAAGGGCCGCUUUUUGUCUGCGACGAAAACCAGAAGCGGGAUCAAUGUGGAGACAUAAAGACGGUAUUACGGAGUACUGUCCGCGUUUAUGAGCCAGACUUAAAUUCGCCAGACAGCUCCGAGCUCCACGACAAUGAGGCACCGUUUACUUUUGAAGAGCCGAACGCCGAAGACAGAGGGGUCACAAUCGAAAUUCCUAUGCUGACGAUAAAUUCAGACAUUACCGUUCUUUACGAGCAGAUAUGGGUCCCUGACAUCAUUAGCUGGGUGGAGUAUGGGAGGUGCAAUGGCGGCCGGGAGGCAGCUCAAAACUUUAUCAGUUGGAGGGUCCCCGGAGAUUGCGGCGCCUAUCUGUUCUGCCCGCUGUGUAUUGGGAUUGAGUACGCGGAAGAGAGCUUGUGGCAGAACGAGUCGCAUUACGGAAAAUACGAGGACGACGAGGUCAUGAAUAACGAGGAUUACAAUGAAUGGCGCAUCAAGCGGUUGCGGGAAUUAGGAUACCACCGAUAUUUCGCAUUAGUUCCCGUAAUUAGCAGGCCAGAGCGACUGGUGUAA